GAGGAGAGUAGAACAGACACACUGCGCCAGAAGGUGGCAGCCUUCUUCUGCGGCCACUCUCCGUCUCACACAUUCUACUAAUAUACCGUAAAAUAUAUUAUAUUUACCAACAAAGCAACAAAUACAUAUUCAAGAGUGUACCAUAGUUGCGACAAACAUCUUUGUUAAGAAUAUCAAGAGAUUAUAGCAGAGCUCAACCAAGAUGAUCAAGUUUAUUGUGUUCUUGGUUGGAGUGACCGUAGCGUUUGGGGACAAGCUUACAGGUGAGAAGGAACGGUGCUACGAGGCUCUUGGCUGUCUGGUCCUGGACGAGGCUUGGUGGCAUCCCUUCCUGAGACCUGUCAAUCUCUGGCCCCAGGAGCCAGAGGUCAUCAACACCACCUUCACCCUCCACACCAGACCCACGCAGGUGCAGGCGGAGAGGGCAGGACAGGCAGGCCCCAGGAAGCUGCUGGACCCCAAGCAGCAGCUGGACCUGGUUCUAUCCCCGCUGGACGCCACCAAGCCCACUAAAGUCAUUAUCCACGGCUACAAGGAGAGUGCCCAGACUCCCUGGGUCACGGAGCUGACAGCCGGUCUCCUGCUCUAUGGAGACUACAAUGUUAUCGUUGUUGACUGGGAAAAUGGAGCCCAGACUUCAUACUUACAGGCGGUGGCCAACGCGCGCCUGGUGGGCCUGGAGGUGGCCAGACUCCUCAACACACUGGCUGGUACCAUCAACCUCCCGCCUCGCUCCGUACACCUCCUUGGUUAUACUCUCGGGGCGCACGUCGCAGGUUACAGCGGCGAGCGGGUUGAGGGUGUUGGACGCAUCACAGGUCUCGCGCCUUCAGCUCUCUACUUCCAGGAGUUGCCGCCAGUUGUGCGCCUCGACGAGACAGACGCCAUCUUUGUCGACGUCAUCCAUACAGCUGGUGACGGUCCAGGUACGUCGGAGCGAUGUGGUACUGUGGACUUCUACCCCAACGGUGGGGGUGACCAGCCAGGCUGUGAAGACGGUACCAAAGACGGUACCCAAGACGGUACCCAAGACGGUACCCAAGACGGUACGCAGGACGGAGGAGCCACAAAAUCUCUGCGAGGACAGUCAUGCAGCGUGAUGCGGGCGGUGGACCUGUUUCUCGCCUCCCUUCUGUGUCACGACUGUUUCCUGAGCCACGAGUGUACAGAUCAGUACUUGUACAACAAUGGAAUGUGUCACUGGUGCGGCGACCCCAACACCCGCUGUGCCUACCUGGGCCUCAGGGCCGAGGAGUUCCUCGCCCAGCGCCGGGUUCGAGUCCCACUUCACCUCACCACCUCCGCCACCCACCCGUUCAACGUUUAUCCUUACCGCGUGUGGUUCAACUUGGCCCAUCCAGAGGAGGCCGAGGACUGUCUGGAUGGGGAACUCAUGCUUACUCUUAGAGGCACCAACGCUUACCUCACCAUCACCCUCCCAGGGGCACCACUUAGGCUGAGCCAUGGUCAGCCUCGGGGCUGGGUGGUGGGGCUGGAGGAGGACCUGGGGGCUGUGGAGGAGCUGGUGGUGUACUGGCAGUACCAGCACAAGACCUUCACCGACUGCUGCCGGAAAGACUGCAACACCAACCUCUACAUCCAGGCCGUCAAGGUCACCCCCAUUGACUACCUCCCGGAAAGUAAGCGGGAGAAGAGCACCCGUCUAUUGUGUGGCGGCCUUCUCAACACCCCCGUCGCUUCCGGCGGCUCUGUCACUCUCCAGCCCAAGGACACCUGCCAGGAAUGGUCCGUGUAGCUCCUGUCAAGCCCACAACCACCACACUGAUUGAUUGAUGAAGCCACCACAAGAGUUGGUAGUUGCAUGAGUAGCCCUGUAGGAGGUAGAUGUUUGGAGUGAAUGUGAUGUUUGUGUGUCAUCUUUAAGUGUCUCCGGGCCCCGCACCACCAUAACUAUAACUCUAGUUUUUGUAUCAUUCUUACACUAACUUUCGCUUCUUAAUAAUAAACCUAAUUUUAUUUUA